AUGGCGCCCUUAGAAGAUGAUUUGAGGUCCGAGGACUCUGAAGUAUCUGACGUCUCAGAUCAAGAACAACCCGACACUGAAGAUCGCGCCCCGAAGCGUCGACGUCUCUCCGAGUCCUCCGCCUCCGACGAUGGUUAUGUUGCGCCAGCACCUCUCCCCGCUCUCUCGCGUAUCAAGAAGAAGGACGAUAGCGCAAAGAAGUCCGGCUCUCAAGAUGAAGAGGAGCCUGUGUUAAUUAAGGAUGCUCUUGAGAUUGGUCUGCGGGCUGAAGAGUCCACUUUCGGUGCUCUAGGCGUCUCGCCUUGGCUUGUUGGAUCUUUGACUACUAUGGCUAUUCGCCGGCCUACCGCUAUUCAGAAGGCGUGUAUUCCUGAGAUCGUAAAGGGACGGGAUUGUAUUGGUGGAAGUCGAACUGGUUCCGGAAAGACAAUUGCGUUUGCUGUUCCUAUCAUGCAAAAAUGGGCUCUGGAUCCUUUUGGAAUCUUUGCUCUGAUCUUGACUCCUACCAGGGAGCUUGCAUUGCAAAUUUUCGAGCAGUUCAAGGCUAUCUCCGCACCACAGAGCAUGAAGCCUAUCCUUAUCACCGGUGGUACCGAUAUGCGCCAACAAGCAACGGCACUUGCAUCGCGUCCUCACGUCGUCAUCGCAACUCCCGGUCGUCUGGCCGAUCAUGUCAGAACCUCGGGGCAAGACACAAUUGCAGGACUGGGACGUGUCAAAAUGAUCGUGAUGGAUGAAGCAGAUCGACUUCUCGCCAGUGGACCAGGAAGCAUGCUACCGGACGUAGAAACAUGUCUUUCAGCCCUCCCACCCUCAGCAGAGCGCCAGACCCUCCUUUUCACAGCUACCUUAACCCCCGAAGUACGCGCUUUGAAAGACAUGCCCCGUCCAGAGAACAAGCCGCCUAUCUUCGUGACCGAGAUCUCUACCGAGAACCAAGGAAAUAUCCCCCCAACGCUUAAAGUGACAUACCUCCAAGUACCAAUGACACACCGUGAAGCCUUCCUGCACGCGCUUCUUUCUACCGAAGAAAAUGUCACCAAGCCCGUUAUCAUUUUCUGCAAUCAUACGCGAACAACGGAUUUAUUGGAGCGUACUCUGCGCCGCCUUGGUCAUCGCGCUGCUUCCCUUCACAGUCUCCUUCCACAAUCGGAGCGUACGUCUAACCUUGCUCGGUUCCGUGCUGCUGCGGCUCGUGUUCUUGUCGCUACAGAUGUUGCUUCUCGUGGUCUCGAUAUUCCAUCAGUUGAGCUAGUUAUUAACUUCGAUGUACCCCGUAACCCGGAUGACUAUGUGCACCGUGUUGGUCGUACAGCCCGUGCGGGACGAUCCGGUGAGGCUAUCACAUUAGUUGGACAACGUGAUGUUGAGCUGGUGCUUGCUAUUGAAGCUCGUAUUGGUCGCCAGUUGGAGGAGUUCGCGCAAGAAGGCGUGAAUAUUGAAAGCCGUGUUGUGCGAACUGGCUUAUUGAAGGAUGUUGGUGCGGCGAAGCGUGAUGCUAUGGGGGAGAUUGAAGAGGGUCGUGAUGUAUUGGGUCGGAGGCGUAACAAGUUGAAGAAGGUGCGGUGA